CUGCACCUCAUAUGUUUUAAUAUCCACAAAAAGGCAGAAGUUUAGUGCUGCGUCUGCCCGUGUUAGCCCAGUGACGGCUAACGAAUGAGUAGCAAGCAGUGCAAAAAUACGCUGCUGUGGUUGACAAUUUCUGUUUUAUUACACAGGAUACACUUUGGGAAUUGAAGAAAACAAGCAACGUAAGGGGGGAAAUGCAGUACUGAUCAGUAAGCAACAUUGGGUUCUCUCUGACCAAUGUCCUUAGUCGCACAUCUGUCUUGGGACAGAGAGGCGAGCUGCAAGAUUGGAAAUGACUAUUUGUGAGCAAAGGCGUGUAUUUAAGUGAUGCUUAUUUAAAAAUUAUAGUCGGACAUUCAUUUUAUUGAGCACUUCGAGGAAGUGGAUGUUGUUGUUUUAGUUUUCACAUGGAAGGGGGCCGAGGAGAAACUGCCGAGCACGGUGCGAAUACCAGACUAGUGGACCGGCAGAAUACUGAACAAGUGUGCAUUCCAACCGCAUUCGUUCCAAAUUUCUAAUGAACGCGCACUCCGCUUUAUCGAUAUGUAUUUUCAGCAGUAAGGUAUAUAAAGACAAAUUCCACUUUUGAACCUUGGUUUGGGGAUUAAUUAAUAAUCGUAUAGUAUUUGGUUAUUACCAGCAUGGCUAUGCUAAACAUGUAAACGGAACAGAAGCCUCCGCGUUGGUUACCUGAUGUAUCGGUAAUGUGAUUCAGAGAUGCUUGUAAAGACAUAGGCAAACAACAAGAGACAUGGAAGAGGAUAGUGGGAGCUGGUCUGCUAUAAUUGGGAACAAAAGCGGGAUUCUCGCUCCAGCUACCAAGAUCUGGGAUUUCCAAAACUCUUCCAGUCCGCUGGUUUAUUGGGAUAACAACAACAAGAGUGAGAAUCGGAUCAUCCCGUUGGAAAGUCAGGGUUACAGUCAAGAGCAAACCUACCGGAACUUCACAAUCGCGGCGCAGGUGCUCAUCUUCAUUGGGUCGCUGUUAGGUAACGUCAUGGUGCUGUGGUCGACCUGCCGAACGACUGUGUUCAAAACUGUGACCAAUCGCUUCAUCAAGAACCUGGCGUGCUCUGGUAUCUGUGCCAGCCUGGUGUGCGUGCCCUUCGACAUCGUCCUGAGUGCCAGCCCGCAAUGCUGCUGGUGGGUCUACACCCCGAUCUUCUGCAAAGUCAUCAAGUUCCUGCACAAGGUCUUCUGUUCAGUGGGCAUCCUCAGCUUCACUGCAAUUGCCAUGGACAGAUACUAUUCAGUGUUAUACCCCUUGGAAAGGAAAAUAUCAGACUCCAAGUCCAGAGACUUGGUCAUAUAUAUCUGGGUGCACGCGAUGGUAGCCAGCGUCCCUGUGUUUGCAGUGAGCAACGUCACGGAUAUCUACGCAACGUCCCUGUGCACCGAGACUUUGGAUUUUUCAAUUGGCCACUUGGUGUACGUCCUUGCCUACAACAUCACCACUGUCAUCCUGCCUGUGGUGGUGGUAUUCAUCUUCAUGAUGCUAAUCCGCAGAGCCCUGAGCACCAGCCAGAAGAAAAAGGUCAUCAUCGCCGCAUUGCGGACUCCUCAAAACACCAUCUCCAUCCCCUACGUCUCCCAAAGAGAGGCAGAACUGCACUCCAUGCUGCUAUGCAUGGUGCUAACAUUCAUCCUGUGCAGCAUCCCCUACGUGACUCUAGUGAUCUACAGGACCAUUCUCGACAUCUCCGACGUAUCCGUGUUCCUGCUGCUCACCGCCAUAUGGCUGCCUAAGAUCUCCUUGCUGGCAAACCCAUUGCUGUUUUUGACAGUUAACAAGUCGGUUCGCAAGUGCCUGGUGGGGACCAUCGUUCAGCUCCACAGACGUUACAGCCGGAGAAACACAGUGAGCUUGGAUGGCAUCGCGGAUGCUACUCAGGAGCCCAACGUACGCUCAGGAAGCCAGCUCCUUGAGAUGUUCAACAUCGGGCAGCAGCAGAUAUUCAAGCGAAGCGAGGAUGAGGAGAAUGAGACCAAGUCUGUAGGAUCUGGAGAGUUACGUCCCAAGGAGAUCCCAACGACCAGCAUGGAGAUCAAGGACACCGUGGUGCAGAAGUACUCUCCCCCACACAACAGUUCAGACUCGGCCGCCCAGGUGGCCCCGGCUACCCCCUCGGAGGUAGAAGACAUCAAUGACAAGUACGCGAUGCAGUUUGGUUUCGGGCCCUUCGAGCUCCCACCACAGUGGCUGUCAGAAACAAGGAAUAGUAAGAAAAGGCUGCUACCUCCAUUAGGAAACACACCAGAGGAGCUCAUACAAACCAAGCAGCCCAAGUGCAGAGCAGAGAGGAAGAUGAGCAGGAACAACAAGGUCAGCAUCUUCCCCAAGGUGGACUCCUAACUUUGGAUUGUAAAAGAAAUAAAAAAACAGACAAACAACAUGGACCAUGUACUUUUCUCCUUUCUUUCUUUCUUUCUUUUCUUUCUUUCUUUCUUUCUUUCUUUCUUUCUUUCUUUAAAAUUGUGCCAAAUAUUUUUACUAUGAAACUGUUGCUCAUAUGGCCAUUUUAAAACGCUGUUUUUAAAGGAUGAACCUGGGCAAUAAAAAAAAAAAAAAAAUUACGUAUUCGACUGCAAAACUGUUUAUAUUUACCUUAUACUGAUUUUUCUAUGAGGGGUUUUGAAUGCUUUUAAAUGUUGACAGAUUACAAAUGAUUGUCAUUAGAUCUGCAGUCAGCAUAGGCAUGUAGACUAGUUCAUGAAUAUGCACGACCAGCCCCGUACCGUAGGAAUAGAAUUGCAAAUGAAGUCUACCAUGCACACUCUAAAAUCGUGGUAGAUCAACAUAAUGAUGAUGAAAACGUGUAAGGUAAGUGCUCAACUCUUUAUGCCCCUAGUAACACAAAAUAGACUAUGAUGCCAAAAUGGAAUGACAAGUACGUUUUCCUACUGUUUAGUUGCCGUAUCAGAACUACCUUGUGAAGAAGCAGAGUUGGGCACGCUUCUAUUACGUAACAAGUUACUUAUUACUUGUUAUUCGUUUCUUCAGAAAAAAUAAAUACAAUUACCUUAUUUAUUAUUUAAUAAAAAAGUAGCACAUUAUAUUAUUGGUUAUAUUUCUUUCCUUGUCUUGUUCUGCGAAACAGUUAUUGUGAAUAUUGUUUACUUUUUAACUAUAUGUGUGGUAAUUUAUUAACUGUCAAACAAGUUUUUAAAAUGUUUGUAGUAUAAUUACAUUUCAUUUUUGGCAUUUGAACAUAAUGUACUGUAUAUUUCCUGACUUUCAAUCAUUGUGUAGUAUGAAGAGAAAAUCACACAAGCAUUUGAAUUCAAUAAAACUACAAAUAGCAAAUCAAAAAUAACAAAACUAAAAGAAAGGUCUAUAGAAAAAUGAACUACAGUACC